AUGACUUGUGCGUUUUGCAGCAUCGCAUCCAAUUACCCACCAUCCUCAUCUCUCGCAAACCCAGAUCUUACCACUCCAUCCGCGUUCGUAGUCCUCAGCACACCUCGAUGCAUGGCAUUUCUCGAUAUUAUGCCCCUUUCCCCCGGACAUCUACUAGUCACAACUCGUAACCACAACGAAAAAUUAUCGGACGUGAGUGAAGAAGAAGCGCGAGAGUUGGGCGAAUGGCUCCCGAGACUAUCUCGAGUGUUAGCUAAGGUCACCGGUGUGUGGGACUGGAAUAUUGUUCAAAAUAACGGAGCGGCUGCAGCGCAAGUGGUACCGCAUGUACAUUUUCAUAUUAUCCCGAGACCGGGGCUAACUCCCGAGUUACGCAAUCGAUCUUUUACGAUGUUUGGGAGGGGGCAGAGGAGCGAGUUGGAUGAGGAUGAAGCUAAGGUUUUAGCGGCGCAGUUGAGGGAGGAAUUGGGAAGAGAGAUGGAGGGGAUUGGGAAGGGCAAACUAUAG